AUGGCUAUUACUAGCAGAGACUAUAACGGCCUCCAAUAUUAUAAUUCCACCAAUGACACCAGUGACAGUAUUUCUACAUAUCCUGAUAUUAACAUUGAUAACCCAACUACAGUAAUAAAGGAAAAAUCUGAUAAUAUAAUCAAAGAUGAGCCGAAUAUUACAACAGAUAAUUUUUUACUAUCAACAACAGAUAACAAAUUGAAUAUAUUUGAUAUUAAGAAUGAUAAUAACGCUAAUACAAAUACAAGCGCUGCAUCUAUGGGACUAUUGCGUAAUCCAAAAGUAUCUUUAAAAAUUAGAAACUUAUUCAUUUCGACCGAGCAUUUGAAAAGUAUUUCUGAUAGUACUGGUUCCACAUCCUUACUGGAUGACAGUAUCACCUCCAAUGGAUCUAAAAAGAUUAUUUUAAAUAAUAUAUCUCUAGAUAUACCCGCAGGAUGUGUUUGCGGGAUUAUUGGUGGAUCAGGUUCGGGAAAAACUACUUUGUUAAAUUUUAUGAUGUCCUACAACGAGUAUUGCGUUUCCAACAAGAAUAAACAAAGCAAUAUCCAAAGCACUUCUCACUUUUGGAAUAAGAUUGUCCCAUCAGGGAAUAAGUUGUACACUGAGGGUCAGUAUUAUUUAGAAACUGAAGAAAAUCCAACACAACCUGCUACCUCGGAUCGUAAACAAAAAGAACAUGGUUCUACCACAUGUAUAAAAGUUGCUUAUUUACAACAACAAGACAUCUUACCCAACAAUUUGACACCAAGAGAAAUUCUAGAAAUAUCUGCUGACUUAAAACUACCCCAUGUAUCGAAACCAAAUAAGAAGAAAAUAGUAGAUCAGCUAUUGAUGGAAUUGGGCUUAAAAUAUUGCAGCGAUACUCAAAUAUCGGAUAAGAAAACCACUCUAUCAGGUGGUGAGAAGAGGAGAUUGUGUAUCGCUCUUCAGAUGAUAUCUAAUCCCUCAAUCAUGUUUUUAGAUGAACCAACAACAGGGUUGGAUUCCUAUACUGCUAUUUUACUGAUGCAAACAUUAAACAAAUUAAGUUCACAGUACGGAACCACUUUUAUCUUAAGCAUUCACCAGCCAAGAUCGGAUAUUUUUGAAAAAAUGUUGGACCAACUGAUUAUAUUAUCUACAGGUAACUUGAUUUAUACAGGCAAAGUCAACAACAUGGUUGGUUAUUUCACUCAGUAUUGCGAUUUGCCAUUGCCCUCUAAAUUCCUUAAUCCAUGCGAUUAUUAUAUAGACUGUUGUAGUAUUGAUACCAGGAGUGAAGAAAUGAGGUUAAAAUCUUGUGCAGUUUUGAAAAAAUUAGCACAGAAGUGGCAGUAUUAUGCCGAACAACAAUCUUAUACCGAACAACAGUCUUGCACGCCUACCACUUCUAUUGCACAAAACUACAAAUUUGUCUCCUCAAGUGUUGGUUUUAUUGAGCAGGUUAAAGUACAGUUUUUCAGGUCCUUGAAAUUGUCAAUUAGAGACAAAUUAACCUUUUUUGGGUCUCUAAGUGAGCCCAUCAUUAUCGGCUUGGUUAAUGGAUGGAUAUACUACAGACCGGUAGCAAAUAAUAAAACACAAGACCCAACAAUAUUAAGAACAAUAACCGCCUCUAUAUAUACAGGCGCUGCGCUACAAAGCUACCUAGUCUUGAUUUUUGAAACAUAUAGACUAUGUGAAGUUGACAUGAAAAUGUAUGAUAUGGAAAGAUUAAAAGUCAACAGGGUGGUUACCCCGCAAAGUUUCUUUGUUGCAAGAAAACUUUCCAAGUUUUUAAUUGAAGAUUUCCCGAUUCCAUUAAUUUUUUCCAUUAUCACAUAUUUUAUGUUUGGUUUAGACGAAAGCCAUGGUGAAAAUAACAACACCUGCAAAAAUUUUUUCAUUUAUUUUUCAGUAACUUUAUUAAUGCAUCAAACGUCGACUAACCUGGCUUUAAUCUCUGUUUCCCUUAGCAGAAAUUUCAGUCAGGCUUCUUUGGUUGGGAAUUUAGCCUAUACUUUGCAAUCCUUUGCGUGUGGCUUUUUCGUUAACGCAGCAAAGAUGCCAGUCUAUGUCAGAUGGACCAAGUAUAUUACCUUUUUGUGGGUUUCAUUUGGUGCCUUAUUGUCCAAUGAAUUUACGUCUAAAUCAAACAGCACUUAUACAGGAUUAUUAAACUCUCUAGGUUUUCCGUCAAAUUGGAUAACCGAUCCUAUAGUUAUAUUAUUCUGUUGGGUCAUCGGUAUGGGCGGUGUGGUUAUUUGCCUGCUACACUUGAAAACUAUAGACAUAUCACAAGUUAAUAGCAAUGUGAAAUUUAAAAAUCAUAGUGACAACAAAAAUGAAAACAAGAAAAGUUCUUCUUCUGAUUUAGAAAAAGUUGAGGAGAUACAGGUGGACAAAAUCAGUGAACUACAUAAGGAGGAUGUUGGCGUAGAUGUGGAGCUAAGGAAUAUCAACCUAAAAGUUAACACAAACAAGAAAGAAACCAUACAAAUUUUAAACGACAUCAAUGCAAAAUUUGUGAAAAAUAAAGUUAAUGUGAUCAUGGGACCCUCGGGAUCAGGCAAAUCAACUCUACUGAAUUAUAUGGCCAACAGAUUAAACUCUAAUGAUAGUUUUUUCCAGUUUUCGAAGCAAUACAAGUAUACCGGUCAAAUCGUUGUGGAUGACGGGGAAAUAGUUACCGAUAAUGUAAACUUUAGCAAAAUGUGCUCAUAUGUUAAACAGAAUGAUGACCAUUUGCUAAGCAGAUUGACUGUCUGGGAAACACUGUAUUAUGCAAGCAAAUUAAGAUUGACACAUUUGUCGGACACUCAACAAAAGCAACAAGUUGAGGAUAUAAUUAUGUCAUUGGGGUUGUGGCAUUGUAAAGAUACAUUAGUUGGGGAUGAAUGGAACAAGGGAAUUAGCGGUGGUGAAAAGAGAAGAGUUUCUAUUGGUGUUCAACUAUUAACACGACCAAAAGUGGUUAUUUUAGAUGAACCAACCAGUGGUCUUGAUAGUUUUACUGCCAGUACUAUUAUGGAAUUAUUGCAUAAGAUCUCGCAUAAUACAACAGUUAUAGUGACCAUACAUCAACCACGGGCUGAGAUGUUUUAUAAGUUUGGGAACGUUCUAUUAAUAGCCAAGGGCGGAUAUGUCGUAUUCAAUGGCACACCCACAGAAAUGGAAACUUUUUUCUUUUCUAAUCCAAAUUUGCGGUUUAGGUGUCCUGAAUUAACUAACAUUGCUGAUUUCUAUUUGGAUUUAAUCUCUUUGAACACACAAAAUGAAGUGAACGAGGGCAUUUCUAGGAAAAGAGUGGAUAAAAUCAUAAAUGAAUGGAAUAAGGAGAGCCAAGGAAUGUAUAGUGAAAUUGCAGAUACCAAGAGCACCACAAUUAUCGUGGACGGUGAUCGUAAAGCUGGGUUUUUAACUGGGUAUAAGGUUUGUUUAGCCAGACAAUUUAAGUGCAUCAUCAGAGAUAUUAAUCCAUUAGUGGCAAGAUUCACACAGGUGCCGGGCAUAAGUAUUAUAUUGGCGUUAUACUUUGCGCCACUGAAACAUAAUGAAAUUAGUAUUACUAAUAGGCUAGGGUUAGUUCAACAAAGCUCGUCGCUGUAUUUUACUGGGAUGCUAAGUAAUUUAGCAGUUUAUCCUCAGGAAAGAGAUGCAUUUUACCAUGAAUAUGCAGAUGGUGUAUUCACCACUGCUAGUUCGUUUUUCUUGGCGUAUAUGACACUGGAGUUACCCAUGUCAGUACUUGCCUCCAUUAUAUACAGUUGUUUUUCUGUGCUGGUUGUUGGUUUACCUCGUACGGCAAGUAAUUUUUUCAUUACUGUCUAUGGUGUCUUUGUAUUUAUGGCCUGCGGCGAAUCGUUGGGAAUAUUAACCAAUACCCUAUUUGAGCAACCUGGGUUUGUCGUUAAUAUAAUUAGUAUUAUAAUUAGUAUUGGGUGUGGGAUGAGUGGAUUAAUGUCAUUGAAAAUGGAUAAAGUGUUGAAGGGAUUCAAUUAUUUGAGUCCGUUGAAUUAUAUUACAGUUAGUCUUAUUAACUAUGCAUUUCCACCUGAUUUGAAAAUAGUGUUGGACAAUGGAGAUACUAUUACUGGGCCCGAAGUAUUAAAAGAAUAUGGACUAGUUAGAAAUAAUAGAAAUUGGCUAGGUGCAGGCGUUGUGUGUUGGUUUAUUUAUAGACUUUUGGCUUAUAUUGUGCUAUAUAUUAAAUUGCAUAAAAGGUGA